AUGCACAUCAGCCUUGUGGAAGAGCCAGAAACGGUUAAGCUCGACGAAAACGAGUAUAUCCAAGUAGUCAUCCGGCUAGAUGUUUGUCCGACUUACCAAUUUACACGAGCACAGGACUGA